UAGCGCUCCUCGCAGCCCCGCACCGCUCCGCCGGCCAUAUUGUGGGAAUAAGGCAGCUCCCGUGUUCUAUGUCACCGGCAAAUAACCCGGGCGUUCGAAAAAAGCCAAACCACCACCACCCACACCACCACCAAGCCCUCUCCAAACACUAAACUCCUUCAAAAUGAGCCCGGAAGCCUGGCUCCCGCAGCCCACCUUGUACCUCACUGGCCUCAGCUUGCUGCUCUCGCUGGCGCCCUCGGGACUGGGCAUGGAGGUGAUGGCUCCUGCCACCAUCAACGCCUUGAACGGCACCUCCGUGAAGCUCUCCUGCACCUUCAACUCCUGCUACAAGGUGGAGAACAAGCAGUUCUCCCUCAACUGGACGUACCAGGAGUGCAAGAACUGCUCUGAGGAGCUGUUCCUGCAGUUCCGGACAAAGAUCAUGAACAAGCAGCUGGACCGCUUCGGGAACCGCGUGGAGUUCACCGGGAACCCCACCAAGUACGACGUGUCCUUCACCCUCAACAACGUGCAGCUGGAGGACGAGGGCACCUACAACUGCUACGUCCUCAACCCCCCCGACCGGCAGCGGGGCCACGCCAGCAUCAGCCUCAAGGUGCUCACCAAAGAGCCCCCGAAGCGCGACUCGACGGUGGCCGUCAUCGUGGGCGCCUCGGUGGGCGGUUUCCUGGCUGUGGUCAUCCUCGUGCUGAUGGUGGUGAAAUGCGUGCGCCGGAAAAAGCAGCAGAGGCUGAACACGGACGACCAGAAGACAGAGGAGGAAGGGAAGACAGACGGCGAAGGCAACCCAGACGAGGGCACCAAGUAACGCCCCCUGCCCGCCCCCCUUCGCCCCUGUACAGCGUGACCCCCUUGAUGUGCUUCCCAGAGCAAGGAUUUCUGUCUCCCCCGAGCAUCCCUCCUUCCAUCGAAACGCCAACCCCGCCUGGAGCAGGGCACGGAGAGGAGAAGGUCCCCGGAGCCUGGCCGUGGCCGGGAGCGGGGCUGGCACUGCGCCUGGGCUGGGACCCGCUGGGCCCCGCUCCUGCUGGGCACGGUCUGGUGCCAGAGUGCUGCACGGGGCCGGGACGGGCGCUGGGGACAGUGUGACGUGGCAGAGGGAGGGACAGCGAGGUCCCUGCGCACAGAGGUGGUGGCAGGAGGAGCAGCAGGGGCUGGGUGUCCGCGCCCUGUCCCGCUGCACAAAGCCCCAGCGCUACGCCGCAGCCCCGAGGCGCUCCUGCUGUGCCCAGGGCUCGGACACCGACGUCCCCACCCCAAGGCAACCCCGAGAGGUGCCCGUUCCUGCAAGUCCUGUGUGAGGUGCCACGACCAGAAGCUCGUGCUCCUCGGGGCUGUCCCCACCUGCUCAGAAAGGCCAGAUGACGACCGCCAGCCCGGGCGUUUUUCCGAGCGUUGCUGGUUCUUGGAGCCGCUGAUGGCUCCGGGUGCGUAAUGGACGUCCCCUUCUGCCGCUCGGGCUAUAUUUGGGCCUCAGCAUCUCCGCCACAGAUGCUGGGCUGAUUCUUUUUUUGUGUGCGUGCUUGCUUCCUUCCUGGGGAGGGUGGCUCUAAUGGAAAGUCUUCUGCCAAUGUGCCAAACCGCGGCGGUGGGGAGCAGCGGCGUGCGGCUGCUGGGAGGAGGAGGAGGAGGAGGAGGAUGUGCAGGGCAGGAGGGGCGCAGCUGCGCGGCCCCAUGCAGGACAGCUCCGGCACCCCGAGCAGCUCUGAGAUCCCAAAACUUCCUCUCCCAGCCCCCCGAGGAGCCCCGCACGACUCGUAACUGCCAUGGCCACGCACUGCCAGCCUGCCCGGCCAGGGGGCCCCGCAGUGCCAGAUGCCUCCUGACUGGGGCCCCCCAAAACCCAUGGCCCAGCUCCUGCCCCGCCUGCAGCAGCUCCCUCCCAGGGGCUUUGGACAAGCCCCUGCCUCUCUGUGCCCGUGUCCGGUGGCCUCAGGAUGUGGCAGGGACCGGUGCCAGCUGGGGAGCGCACGCAGCGAGAGGAGCUGGAGGUGACCUGGGGACACGUCCCCUGCUGCACCAUGCCCAGGUGUUUCUUGUCCCACUGCAGGCAGGACACGCUGCUGCGUGGGGCAGGGCAGUGCGUGGGGCCCCAGGGGACCCUGUGCCCAGUCCCUUGUCCCCCCGAGAGCAGCACAGCUGGGAACAGGGGAGCAUUCCUCACACCUCCCUGCUCUGCCAUGUCCCCAGCCGAGUGCCAUCCCCACAGCUCCGCAAGCAAUGCCCCCAUGCCCUGGGGAUGCCGGGACACUAUGCGCGCCCUGCUCUGUCCCUGGUGCCCCCCGUGUCCCCUUGACCCCCCGGGGGCUGUGCUGCUGCCGUGCCCGUGCGCAGCAGGGAUGCGCCGCCUGCUGCCCGCUGUCCCGUGGCUUCCCCCCUCCCGCCAGCUCCCCUGCCUGGGGGGCAGAGCAGCGCUGCCUGCGCCCACACGCACACACCGCACCGCUUUCCUGCUCAGCCGCCAGCGGUUUUUGGGGCUGCCUCCGGCUCGAGGCCAGGCUGCGAGCGGCUCCUCGGGGCACAGCCGCCGUCCCCGCGGCCAAAGGUCUCCGACUGCCACGCGGCCGGUCCCGCGCCUUUCAUUUCGCUCACGCACUGUCCUUGGAUUGCAACUUGCCAAUGCAUCUGUAUGUACAUAGCUGUACACACCGGAGAGUCUCUGCAAAUAUAAAUGUACAGGAGGCGCCGUUACCGGCCAUGGCUGCACGUCUGGGCUUGCGCCUUCCCAUGUUUUGUUUUUGCCAAGCACUCUGCUGGUGGUGGUUCUGCCAAAGCCUGAUGUAGGAUGUUUUUAUUGCUCUUUGUACAGUUAAACGAACAAAAGAACAACAAAAUGCAAACUUUGCGC